AUGGCAAGCAAUAUCAUCGGCGACCGCAAUAGCACGCCUGCUGCUUCGAGUUCCACUUUACGGCCUCCUCAGCCUCGAACGACGAUGGGCUCUGGGCACCAGAUGCGAGCUUCAGCCGACAUGGGUGCCUUCUCAGCUCACUCGCCGCUCGCAAACCGUGGCAUUCGACCAGCAUCGGAAGUCUACUUAAACCAAUUCCAACAGCAAGCCGCUUCAGGCAAUGCCGACGAUGCCGCGGAAAAGGCGGCGCAGCAAUGGAUAGCGGACAUUGAUCAGUAUGAGAAUACACUCGAGGAGAUGGCAGCUGCCACAUUGGACCAGGACUUCAAGGACGAGCUUAGUGCUAUUGAACAGUGGUUCCGUGUCCUCAGCGAGCCUGAACGGACGGCAGCUUUGUAUGCCCUGUUGCAGCAAACAACGCAAGUGCAGAUCCGUUUCUUCAUCCAGGUUCUGCAGCAGAUGGCGAAGAGUCAUCCGAUGUCUGGCGUGCUGUCACCCGCCGCGUUCAACGAGAAGGAUCCCAUGUCAUCACGUAUGAACGAUGCCAUGAAUAAGCUGAAUGUGGAAGGCUCAAGGGGUUCUUUCGGGUUUGGUGCAGGCAAUAAGCCACCGCCUUCGCCGGGUGCCAAGCGUAAUUCUGGUCUGGACCCGAGCACUAUCAAGAGCAUGUUCCCUGAUGCGGCAAACGCGAUUGAGGACCAGAAGGCCGAAUUUCAGAAGACCACAGGCACGGCGCCGAAGUCGAAUAGGAACAGCACGAUGGGUGAGAGGCUGUCUUUUGCAUCUCCAAUGGGUGGACUAGGCGAAGAAAAGAAGAAUGGUAUACCCGAAGGUCCAUGGAGGAACGCUGGACCAUCGAGUGAAAACCAACCACCGAUUGGUAGACCAAAGUCUUCUUCGAGUCAGCAGCCUGGUUCCCAGCCACCUAUGGGACAAUUUGGUGUUAGCCAGCCUCUUCCUUCUGCUGGAUUGAGAUCUGGACGACCAUUCCCUUUGGCAAGCGACAGUAGCAAUAUUCAGAACACCACGAUCGCUUCGAACGAGGGUAACGGGUCGGGGAUGCCACUUUUCUCGCCAUAUGCACAAGGCGGUAGCUGGGCUUCUGCUAUGAACACGCCCAUGGUACCGAACUUCAAUGCGCAGCAGAGUGCCAAUCAGGCAGAUAUGGUGGCCAACGCGACUGCUAUGAAGCUUGCGGCUCUAUCGACUGUGAACAACAGGAUUCAGCUGGACGAUGUGCGAAAGUACAGGCGGGCACGAUCUACGGAAGGCUCGCAGCAGCCCUUGUCUCCUGGCAUGCCCACGAAUAUCCUUAUGACGAACGAGUACGGACAGAUUCUCACACCUCAGCAAGCGGCUGUCCUGCAGCAACAGCAGAUUGCAGCCAUGCAAGGUCGCCGCUCGCGCCCGAGCUCACCAGGCAUAGCCAUCACUGGACCCGCGGGCAUCAUGUCCAGCGGUCUACCGAUGACUCAAAGCAACGGCUACCUCUCCACCUUCGACGGCCAAAUGGGCGGCAUUAACAAUGGCCUAGCCGGCAUAAAUCUGACGAACCCCGCAUUUACUAUGGGAAGCAUGGGGAGCAUGGGCGGCGAAGGCUACCUCUCCGAUGCCUCUGAGAUCGCUCGUGGACGUUCCCCACGCGGACGAAGAGGCAGCAGUAAACCUCCAGAUGAUCCCACGGAUAUACAGUUAUUGAAGGACGUGCCGAAUUGGCUGCGGACGUUGAGACUGCAUAAAUAUACGGAUAAUCUGAAGGAGAUGCGAUGGCAAGAUAUGGUGGCUCUGGACGAUGAAGGAUUAGAGAAGCGUGGAGUGGCGGCUAAAGGCGCGCGCAGUAAACUGCUGAAGGUUUUUGAGCAAGUCAGAGAAGCGCAGGAAGAGGGUAGGGUGUAG